CUUGGAUCUUAACGGUGUUCCAGAGAUUUCUCCUCGUCCGGCACAAUAGUCCGGCGCACCAAGUCAGCGUUUUACAAUGCCUAGACUUUUCUCCUUCCUAUAGAAUGCGCUAGUGUUUAUUGCAGACGCGCUUGGAAAGACAACUGAAUCAACAUGGUGCUGUUAAAGUCGUGCUGCUGUUGGCAGUCUGUCCGAAGCGGGAGUUUUGCAAGUGGCAUUUAUAGCAUAAUAUUCUAUUCCGUAAUGGUGACGGCUGGAUCAUUUCAUGUUCAUACUAUUGUUAACUUGCCAGAGCCUGUUCCUGUACUUUUAACCUUCAGUGUUAUGAUGCUAGCUUUCGCUGCACUUUCAGUCAUGGCAGGUGUAGUUCUUCUUGUUGGACUUUGCACGAAUAACCGUAUUCUGUUGCUACCUUGGCUUCUCUGCAUCGCUAUGGCGACUGUUCUUGACAUCAUUCUUUCUCUGUACUUAGUCUCAGACACUGAAAUUGAUCCUUUUUUUGCUGUUUUGGUGGCUACAGAUAUAAUAAUAUGUGCUCUGAAUGUGUACUGCAUAUUAUGUGUAACUUCUCAGUAUCAAGAGUACGCCAGUGCUGGUGGUAGACCCAGACAAGUAUUGGAUGUUGAAGCAGGACCACCCAUUAUUCACUUUGAGCCUGCUUCAACUGUCAGAGUGGGAAACCAUAGCCAAUCAUCUUCGCAAAGAGUGUCAGUCAGUUUCAUUCAGAACAGUAGUGCUAGUUCCCCGACCAGUUCAAGCCGUCGUCCUUUGUUAUCUUCUGGUUCCUCUGGUGGCCGAACUGCUGGCUCUUCUGGUUUUAUAACUUCCUCAUCACCAGUCCUGAUGCUGCGUCGAUCGAGCUUUUCCUCAACAAGCGAAAUAUCAUUCUGUUCCUCUGAUCUUCUACCAGGAAGUCGGAGGGGAUCUAUGCUCCCUCCACAAGACAGACAAGGUCUUUCACCAGUUGGAGAGUCAAAGGUGUUCCCUGAUUUUGACGAUGAGGCCUCUGUGACAGAAUCAGUUAUUCAAACCAUGAAAAAAAACUCUGGAAGUCCCCUUUCUCAAUCGACUGCAACACUGAAACCUGGUCCAGUUUUUUCAAGAUUCCGUGUUACUGGCUUCCUUCCUGCAACAGUUUCUUACAAGAUUCCUGCUAACAGUGGCAAGUUUGAGGGCGAUGCAGCAGAUAUUGACUCGUUUGGUGGUGAUCCUGAAAAUCCAUCUCAAGAACCGAAUAGUAAAGAGUGAGAGAUGUCACUGAGUUUAGAAGAGAUUGGGAUAAUUCAAUGUGAAAAUGACGAUGCUUUUAUAAAUUAAUAAUAUAAUCCGUAAGCAUUCACUAGUCGUUUGAAAACUAUACUGAUUGGCAAACAAUUUGCUACACAUGUAUAAACAUAACGUGGUCACACCACGUACUCUUUCUUCUGAAAUCUGUGGUGUUAAACGAAUCUAAAUUCUUACUUUUCUGCUAAACUACAUGAAGUUCUAAUUAAAUGCUGCGAUUUUUACAUGUUACAAUUAUACCUUUCAAUAGUUCAUGCAUAAAAACAAUUUUACAACAGUUUUCUGAUUAUAAAAAAAAUGCAAAAGUAGUCAAACCAGUAACAAUCAUGCUGCAUAUACGACUACGGAUAGUUAACUUACGCCUCAGACUGGCACCCACUUUCUUGCACUUUUUAUACCGAUAAAUAUUCAAAGAAAACGGCACUAUUGUUGAAGAAUUUCUCGACCUUGGAGAAGGUGCAGGUUAAUGAACUACAAUUGAAAUGCAAGUCGAAUUCUUUUUUCUUAGCGAUGAAUCAUGCAACAGGCAGAUUUAAGCAAAGGAAAUAGUUGUUGAAUUUAUUUUUGCGAUUCACCGGUUUUAAAAGCAAUGAAGACGCUAAAGCGCUUCUGACUGUAGAGUAUAGGAAUCGAAAGGAUAGGGAAGGAAUAAAAAUUAUCUUAAUGAAAAUUUUAAAAACUUGGAUACAUAUUUUGCUCAAUCAAUAAAAUAGCCGGAUAAACUUCAAAUGUGUAAAAAAUUUGUGAAAUAGCACAUUUGCAAAGUUUAGCUUCACUUUACUUGGUUAACAAUUUUUAAUUUAUCACACUGAAUUGCUUUAAUUAGAAACCAUACAUUACUAUUUAGGAUGUAAUUUUCGACACUACAUUUGAAUACUAAGAGUAAUUUUUUUACAAUAAAUAUUACCUUAAUAGAACCCCCAUAACCUUUACCAGCAUUGCAUUUUCAAAUCAUAAUAUCAAUAAGACUCCGUAAUUUAAUUUUUGAAGAUUAUUCACGGGGUUUGAUUAUUGCCAUUUUUAUAAACAACAAAUCCUAUCCUUCUUCAAUUGUACGAUACAUAUGUUAAUUUUUUAGUAAAACUUCGCGAUAUUGUUUUAUAGCAUCCAUCUUUGUCCCUUUCUCUUCUAGACUAGAGAACAUACCGUUGAUUUGGAAGAUCACGUUAUUCCAAAGCGUUUUAUUAUUUCAAGUUUUGUGACAUGCGCUAAUGAUUUUUUUGAAUUAAUUAACUUGUAUUGUGUUGCAUUUUAUCUCAUUAAAAAAACUUCCUAGGACAGUUAUCAAUUAUAUAUAAUCAACGGUAUAUUUGAUUUAAUACGUAGUUGAAAAUUUCUUUUGUGAAAGAAAAAGGUAAAGAUAAGUCAUGAAAUUGAAUUGGCAGCGUUGGUUUUAACGAUGAGUGUACUUGCUUGUUUCAAGUGAAAUUUCCAAUUAUUUUAUUUUCUGUUAUAAAAUAAGAAGGAUGUCUAAAAAAUUACGGUUUUGUAAAAAAAAAAAGGACAUAAAACAUUUCCCAAACUAAAAGUUAGUUUUACAUGAAAGGAUUUCCUAAACUAUUUUUCUACAGGUAGUUUCCACUGUUGUUUAUACAUUUGUCGUGGCAGAAAGAAGACGUUUUUAUGCUUUUUUCUCUAAAAGAUGCCAUCAAUGAAGCAGUCGCUGUUGAACGCCAAUUUUUCCGUCAUCAAUGCAGUCAAAGCACCUUCCUCCAAAAUCACGUUUCUAGUUCAACACCAAGUGGUAUUCCGAAUAUGCAAUUCUGCUUUUGUCCCUCAAAACCUUAUUUAAAAAUUCGGUGGGAGCAGGUAGAUCACUCGCCCUACAACUCCGAUCUUUCACCUUCUGAUUUUCACUUGUUCUUGAGCUUAGAAUGGGACUUAAGAAGCAGUUGCUUUGAAAGCGAUAACGACGCAUAAAAAAUGUUCAACAGCGGCUGCCUUCACUGGCGGCAACUUUCUACAAAGAGGGAAUAGAUAAGUUGGAUUCCUGCUACAAGUAAUGUCUGAAAAAUGGUGGAAACUGCGUUUUUAAGAUAAGCUGCAGUUGAAAGAAAACACAAGGAAAUUCUUACGAGUUCAAAAUGUAAGGUAUAAAUCAAACUUAUGAGCUUAAAAAUUGUGAUUUUAGUGGUUUGAAAUGACACACUCUUUUAAUUAAUUUUUUGAGAAACCAUGUAUGUUUAGUUCUCGACACUUUAUUAUUACUAAUGACUUUUGUAUAUCAUCCCAAAAGUAUUAAUUUAGUCUAAUAAAACUUGGAAAACUGAAAUGAUCGCUUAAGACGCUUGGAUGAUAAGAAAUGCUUUAAAGGUUUUUUUUUUACUAGUAGUUAACUUUCGUGUAAUGUUAUUUUUAAAAAUCCUAGGUUGACGUAAACAUACCCAACAUUUCUUGCACACAUUUUUUUGUAUGAUCAUGGAACCUGUUCAUAUCAUUGAUGUUGCACUUUCAGAUAUUACUUAGCUUACACAAUUCAUAACCACAACAUUUGUAAGACACGGAGAGAAAAUAAAUCGUUAAACGCGAUAGUUGAUCUGCCUUCAGGUUUAUUGUGCUCUUGUUCAAAAUCGUUGGCUGUCACGCGAGUAACUCUUGUGAUAAAGCAGAAAAUUUUUCAAUUAGAUUUUUUUCUCUUUGCCUCAAAUUUGAUAAUAGCUGGAUCUCUCUGUAAGUCGCGAGUUACUUUUUGCUGGGAUAACUUGAAGUUGUGACUAUGAAGUUAAGUUAUUGAUAUAAGUAAAUCAAAUGAGCUAAUAACUAUCCAUUGCGAAAAUAUCUAAUUUUGUCAAAUAACAACACUUAUACUUUCCUUUUCUCAAUCGUUUUAUGCAUCACUUCGAAGCAUGGAACAUAAAAAGAAACAAUAUGGGUGUGAACAUUGGCCUUCAAUUCCAUGUAAUGAUUUUUACACAAAAUAACUGAAGUCGACAUAUUUAGUACUGCAUAGUUUGAAAUAGUUUCUAUAAGCAUUAAUCUUCUUGUGAACGUUCAUAAAUUUCGAAAAGAUAUUGAAAAUUUUCUCAGAGUAGUUUGUAUUGCUCAAUUAAAGUUCCUUUAGGUGGUUAGAAAAUUUAUAACAUGACUUAAUUUAAUUAUCUAGUACCCGAAAGUUUCAAAAAAUUUCAUAACUAGCUUAAAUUAUUUCGCUCUACUAAGAAGAUAUUUAAACCCAAACAUGGUUUUUAUAAAUAGAAAAACAUUGAGAAAUACAAUUUGAAUAUAAAUAUACUAAGGGUGGUUUCCUAAAUCAAAGUAUUAUGUUACACUUAUACACAAAUUUUCAAAUGAAUACCAUCUUACUUCCAAGUAACGUUAUAAAAUCAAUACUGAUAGUGAAACUCAGAGUGCAGAAAACUAAGUAUCAUUGCAUAAUGCGUAAUGCAUUUAAUAGAAUACAUCAAUUUAUCAGUAACUUGCAUCUGUAUUGGACAAGCAAUAUUCGUGAAUUUUGUUUCAAAUACAUAUUACUAUUACCAGCUGACUGAAUGACAUUUUUGCGAGAAAUAUAUAAUAACUUUAAGAUUAGUUUUGACUUCUAUUAAAUCAAAAAACAAUACAUACAAAAUGCUAAAAAUGUUUAAAAAUUGUGAAAUUUUUAUAAUAGCAAACGAUGGUUAUUUUAAUUUAUAUAACAUUCAUGCAUUCUUGUAUUGCAUACUCUGCAUAAAACAUGUAUCUCCAAAAAAAAAAAAAAUAUUUUCAUCGUAUUACCUUAAAAUAAUCAGUAAAUAAAUCCCUCUAAUUUCCCAAGAUACUAAAGGUUUUAGUGAAGUAAAUAUGAAAACUGAUAUUUUAUUGCAAUUCGCCCUGUCUUUUAAAUUUUCAACUCUGCUAGUUUCAUACAUGACUUUUUUUGUCCAGAAUAUACAUGUUUAACUAGUUGCAAAAAUAUUUUUACAGAAAGAGAUGAAAUUUUUUUGAAUCUAGAUUUAAUGCAUCUGAAGCAAAGAUAUCACGUACAACAAACAUAUUUUCAGCUAGUACGCUUAAAGUCCAACAUAGAAAUAUUAGAAUUAGCUACUAAUAUGAAAAAAAAAAAAAAUACUAAAUUUUAAUGUUGUUUCCUAAUGGGACAUGGAGUACUUUAUAUGUUCAUAAUGUUAUACUGACAACUUUUAACUGAUUUUGCAUUCGUAAAUUGGUGAUUACUUAAUGCAAAUUAAGUAUUGCAGAUUUUUAAGAGUCAAAAGUAAUACCAGCUUUCAUUGUUAUUCAGUCAUAAUUUAAAUUCCUCCGUGUAAGUUUUGUUUGAAAUUAGUGAAGUUUUGGUAUCUUUUUUUCAAGUAUUCUUAAAAUUAUAGCAGCGUAGUAAUUUUUAAAAUUAUGUAUGACUAUUUAUACCAACAUAAUACUAGUAUUUAUCUAUAGAAGACUAAUAUUUAUCUGAUAAGAAAAAAAUUAAAAUUCAUGACAUAACCUUUAAAAAUAUUAAAAAAGUUUGAAAAAAAAAUCUUUUUGUCUUGUUUUUUAACACGAGACGUUGUAUUGGAGCGUCUGAGAAGUUUGAGAUCAAAUUGAAAAAUAUUUAUAUAAAUUAUUUUUUUCACUUGAUGUAAAAAGUAAUAGAAAGAGAGCUUUUGUAAUGGAAAAUGGAUACGAGAUAGAAGUGUGCUAUUUCUGACGUAAUACUCGCAUGUAACUGAGUGUAUAUGUUUGA